AUGGUCCUGUUUACGUGUACUACGUGCUCUACUUCUCAAGAUGAAGCUGAAAUGUCUAAGCAUUUAUCUACAACAAGACAUAAAAAAGUAAUAUUUGACUCUUUAAAUGAAGUCAUCGAAUGUGAAGAAUGUGAAGAUUCCAAUAUCCAUCAAUUGCUGCUCUUAAGGUUCGGUUUAUCAGACAUGGCACUUUUAUGCCAGCUUUGUCUCUCUAAAGAUGAAAAACCUUCUACACAGUAUUCGCUAUCAAAUGGAUCUCUUUUGAAAAAACUUGAUCAAUACUAUAAAUUUAGAGAUAUCGAGUGUCAGCUUUGCCUGUCAGAUGACAGACUAUACGUUGGUAAUAAUAAAUCUAAUGGUGCCCAGCUUAUAGUAUGUCAAAAGUGCUUGCCGGAAGUAUCAGAUAACCAGGUCAAUUUUGUUAGCGAAAAUGACGAUAAGUUUCUUUAUGAAUUUCUAGGAAUUAAAGAAUAUGUUCCACCAUCCAAAUCAAGAAAAGAUAAGGGUCGUUCAAGAAAAAUUGGUAGGAAAGGAGGAAAGAAGGGUAAUGAUAAGAUGUCCAGUAAAGCAAAUGGAAAACCGGUAUCUAAAGAUGCAGAAGAAAGGAAGGCGCAUUUCUUCAAUUCUAAAGCUAAUUCAGUAGCUAUAAAAUCUGGUAAGACUAUUUUAGCUGUUGGAUCUAAUGACGCUAGUCCCUCUCCUUCUAAAUCAAGUUCUAGAGCGUCUACGCCGAGAUCAACCACACCAGUCCAAUCAAAACCAAAACAGAUCUCUUCAAAAGAUAAAUUUUCUGCUAGAAAAACACCUAUCACAAAGGAUACGAAAUAUAUUGGCAACAAAUUUAAGGAUAAUUCGCCAGGUAUUAAAAAGACGGUCAAUUCAAAUGUAAUAUCAAGAAAACCUAAUAAUACAAAGACCGACGAUCGUAACCAUUCAUUAAAGCCAAACAACUCUUCCAAGAAACCUGAAGAUAAAAAAGAAAUGAUUGUUCAGAAAACUGACAAACCUACAAACAGAAAAGCUUCUGAAAAUAAGAAACCUAAUAAAAAGGCUACAGAUAUGAACAAAGCUGAAGAAAUCAAAGCUGACAAGAAUUCCGAGAAAAAGCCACUCAAAAAGAAUGAAAAGAUAAAUAGUGGAGAUAGUAUCGGUGAAAUGAAGGUAUCAAAAGAUAGGAAUAAUAAUAAUGAUAAACAAAAAUCAAAUGAAAAAGCGAUUCCCCAUAAAUUGGAUUCUAAUAAAUCGGAGAACAAGAAAAGUAAAGUAAAUGAUAAAAAACCCGCAUCAGCCAAUGAUAAAAAGAAAAAUAAUACAAAUAACCAACCCAAGGAAGAGCAGCUAAUUGUCCCUUCAAAUAUUGAAAAAUAUGAGCCAUCCAUAGAGCCAAAAUUGACGUAUGAUUCCAUGCUUUCAUAUUUCCAAGAAAUGUCAUACAAUUUAUUUUUAGAAGAAAAAAUGAGUAUGCAUUCCAAUAACAACUCAUACCUUGAAUCAAACGAAAUGUCCAUUGAAUGGUAUGCAGAUCAGGAUAAAAAACACAAACAGUUUAAACUCAAUAUUCUAUUAACUGAAGAAAUAAUGAAUCGAUUCAUUUCGAAGAAAAUGCAAUCUCUUAAAAAAUCACCAUUUUCUUUGAGUCAAUCUGUAUUUUUAAUUUUGGGUGACGAAAUCCCAUGGUAUGGUCAAAUUGUUACCUCAGAUACCAAAAGUGCUACGAAGGGACGCCGUGGCGGCCUUAAGGUUUUAGAAAUCGUUAUUGAAUUAUAUAAAUGGAACACUCAACCGUUACCACAUACUGUGAAUGUCAAAUGGUUGAAAAUCUUGCCCGUUUCUAUUCCAGUUAGCAGAGUAUUCAUUGCCAUGUCAAGAAUUGAGAAUCCAAAGUUCAUUAACAUGAUUCUUGGUAAAGAACCUAUCAAGCAGAUCGUAUUUAAGAAUUAUUUAAAGUUUACCAAAGAUACAUUCAAUGAUUCUCAAAAGGUUGCCAUUCAAUCUGUAUUAAAUAAUUCUAUUACUGUCCUACAAGGUCCUCCAGGAAGUGGUAAAACUUCCACUAUUUACGAAAUUAUAUUACAAUUGUUAGACAAUUUGAAUACGUUUCCUAUUUUAGUUGUUGCAGCCUCUAAUAUUGCAAUUGAUAAUAUUGCGGAAAAAUUACUUGAAAAGCAUGGAAGAUCAAUUUUAAGAAUUGUUUCGAAUGAAAAAGAAAGAGAGUAUAAUAGAGACCAUCCAUUGGCUUCCAUUUGUUUACAUCACAAAGUUUAUGACGCUCUUCCUAUGGCAAUGAAACAGACUAUAGAUGAUAUGAGAAGAUUCAAUGGACCUAAAGUCAGUCAAAACCAAUAUAAAAAACUAUUAACUAAGCAAAUUGAACUUAGUGAUAUAUUUAUAGCCCAAGCAAAAGUCAUCUUCACAACAACGGUUGUCGCAGGUGGUAAUCAAUUAAAAUCUGUUAAAAAGUUGCCUGUUGUUAUUAUGGAUGAAGCUACUCAAUCUUCAGAGCCAACUACGUUGAUUCCAUUAUCCGUGCCUGGUGUUCAGAAGUUUGUGUUUGUAGGUGACCAAAAGCAGUUGAGUAGUUUCUCGCAGGUACCUAACCUAUCUUUGUCCCUUUUCGAAAGAGUACUUUUAAAUGGCACUUAUCGUACGCCUCAUAUGCUUGAUACACAAUAUAGAAUGCAUCCAAUGAUCAGUGAGUUUCCAAGAAAUAGGUUUUAUGGGAGCUUAUUGAAAGAUGGUAUAACCGCAGAAGAUAGAAUCUUGGAAGGAAUCCCCUCCAAUCCCGUAUACUUCUGGGACACUUGUGGAACAGCACAAGAAGAAAGGGUUAGAAUUAAUUUCCGUGAAGACAGGGGCUAUACAUAUUCCAACAGAAGUGAGAUUUCAUAUAUCACAAAAGCAGUAUUAAAAUUAAUCUAUGACAAGGGUAUACCUAAAUCUGAAAUUGGUAUUAUUACUCCGUAUAGAGGUCAACGUGAUUUGAUUUCCUCAGUCCUUGUUAAAAAUGAUUUGAUUAAUCCUGAAAAAAAUGAUAUUCUCGUUGAGGUAGACCGUGAUGACAUAUAUAAUGAAUCGAAACCGGUAACAAUUCAUACCGUUUCGGAUAUAAUGAUUGCAUCUAUUGACGCAUUUCAAGGACGUGAGAAAAAUUUCCUUGUUAUGUCCUGUGUCAGAUCUAACAAAGAAAACAAUAUAGGAUUCUUGGGUGAUGAAAGGAGAUUAAAUGUUGCAUUGACUAGAGCAAAAUAUGGUUUGAUAAUAAUAGGUGAUGUGCAGUGUUUACGUAAAGGUAACCCAUUGUGGAGGGAAUAUUUGGAACAUUUACAAGGUCAUGAUUCUAUACAUAAAGCUGAUGAAUUUUUGUACUAA